AUGAACCGCCCUGAGCUACUCUGCUUCCCUGAGACGCCUGAGGAGCUCGCUACUAGCACCCAGCUCGCCACAGCGGCUAUACCUGCGGUACUGACGACCCCCGCUGUCACUUUGUUCUCCCCUACUUCUGCUGCUAUUGCUAAGGCCACCGCAGACGACCUAGCGGGACCGCCUGCGCCUACUACUCCCCUAAGUUCCCGAACUCUCAGCCUUAGUGAGAGAAUAUCUAACCUAAAGGAAUUUGAUAGAACUUAA